AUGCAAAGCGGCAAAAUACCCGAUUCAGCAAUCACAGCAUCAUCAACUUAUAGUACUUCAUACCACCCUAACUUCGCGAGAUUGAAAAAGAGUGGCGGUGCUUGUUGUUGGGCACCAACUGCAGCAGGAAGAGUUGGCUCGUGGUUACAAGUUGAUCUUGGACAAAAAACAGCUGUCACAGGAUUUGCAACCCAAGGAGAAUGUUAUGGCAGCCAAGAGUGGGCGAUCUCUUACUCGAUUGCUUACAGCAACAAUGGUAAUAAUUGGACUGAUUAUAAAGAGUCGGGGACUGUGAAGGUUUUCCUAGGCAACAAAGAUAAAAACUCCAUUGUUACCAACACAUUUAAAACUGGAAUCAAAGCUCGAUACAUUCGUGUGGUGCCGAAAUCAUGGAGCAACUAUCCUACAAUGAGACUCGAGUUGUACGGUUGUCACUGA